AUGGAGCAACGGUCGAGCAUCAGCGGCUACCUCAGCCAGCUCAUCAACCUCCCCUUUGUCUUCCUCUACUCCCUCUUCCAGUCCCUCCUCAGUCGCAUCCUCUCUCCCACCCCUCCACCACCAAACGCCAACCUCGGCCGUCCAAAGAUCGCCAUCAUCGGCGCUGGUCUGACAGGCGUCUCCUCCGCUUCCCACUGCGUCGGCCAUGGCUUCGAUGUCACCAUCUUCGAGGCGGGGAGUGAAGACGCGCUCGGUGGGAUAUGGGCGAAAGUCAACAAUACGUCUGGUCUACAGAUCCAUUCCGUCAUGUACCGCUUCCAUCCGAGCGUGCAGUGGUCGGGUGGCUACCCGGACAGACAGCAGAUUGUGUCGCAAAUCACGCAGUUGUGGAAGAGAUACGGGCUGCAGUCUAAGACGAGGUUCAACACGAGGGUAGAGAAGGUGUACAAGGAUCCUCAAGAUCGCUGGAUCAUCAACGACCCGUCGCAGGGACGAUUCGAUGGAGUCAUUGCUUGCAUCGGAACCUGUGGUGACCCGAAAGCGCCUAACAUGCCUGGGCAAGAGAAUUUCAAGGGCCGUAUUGUCCAUUCGUCUCAACUGGACGGUGUAGAUGCGAAGGGCAAGAAGGUCUUGGUCAUUGGAGGUGGUGCCUCUGCUAUCGAAGCACUCGAGUUCGUCGAGCACGCCGGUGCUGAAAAGACCUACAUCCUCGCGCGCAGUGAGAAGUGGGUGAUACCACGCAAUCCGUUUAUUGAUAUCCUCCUCUCCCUCAACAUCUUCGGCUCCGAAACGCCCCUCUCCUGGAUCCCCGAGAACCUCCUCCGCCUCUUCUUCUACCGCGACCUCUCUGACCUCAGCCCGCCCCGCGGAAGCAGCAAGGGCCUCUUCACCGAAACCCCCAUGGUAAACAACGCCGUUUUCGACCAGAUCCGCUCCGGCCGCGCCUCCUGGCUGCGCGGCGACAUCAAACACUUCUCCCCGGACGGCAAAGGCAUCACCUUCAACCACCGCUCGCAGGGCGUGCCGAAAGGCGGACCCGGCCGCGAAGAACUCAUCGAAGGCGACCUCUGCAUCCUCGCCACCGGCUAUGAACGCCCUUCCCUCUCCUUCUUACCCUCCGAGUGCUUUGAGGAAAAGUACGAACCUCCGAACUGGUACCUCCAGACCUUCCCGCCCAAACACAUGGACGUCUGCGCCAACAACUGCACCUACGUCAACGCCAUCGGCACCGUCGGCAACUAUCACAUCGGCAUCUACACGCGCUUUCUACUCAUGUUCCUCGUGGACCCACUGGCACGGCCCAACGAGCGGUUGAUGAAACUCUGGAUCGAUUUUACACGGUGGAUCAAACGACGGGCUCCGGGCGGGGCGUUCGAGUUCUUCACCUAUGCGGAGUUGUUGUAUUGGUUUGUCUUUGUGAUUGUGAUUAAUCCUUUCCGGUGGAAGUGGGCGGCUUUUGUGCUGUUUGGAAUUGGGGUGGAUUUGCCGAAGGCGGUGGUGAUGAGGGAGGAUCGGUUGAGGGGGGCGGCGGGGAUUAAUGGGGUGGAGAGGGAGAAGAAUUUGACGAGUUAG